AUGUUGGCGCAGGACUUCAAGGCUCUGCCAGCCGUGGACCUCGCGCCCGUGCUGGACGCAGUGUCGACCAGGGCGACAGUUGCAGAUGUGCAGCAGACGUUGCAGGACUUCAGGUCAGUGCUUGCGACAGUGAAUGCAGGCGUUGAUUUGCAGCCGGUGGUGGACGCAAUCUCCAGCAGGGCGACAGUCGCAGAUUUGCAGAAGUUGGUACAGGACCUCAGCCCUCAACCAGCCGUGGACCUUACGCCAGUGUUGGACGCGAUCUCGAGCAGGGCUACAGCUGCAGAUGUGCAGCAAGUGGUGCAGGAUCUCAUUACGGCGCAGAUGACAGUCCCUGUGCUUGCGAAUACCAGCGUCGAUUUGCAGCCCGUGCUGGAUGCGAUCUCCAGCAGGGCGACAGUUGCAGAUUUGCAGAAGGUGGUGCAGGACAUCAGCUUUCAGCCUGUUGUGGACCUUCAGCCCGUGCUGGACGCGGUCGCCAGCAGGGCGACAGUGGCGGACGUGCACGGCCCGUGCAAGACAUCAAGCUCCAGCUGGGAGUGGACUUGA